AAUGUUGUUGGUGCUGGUGGUGGUGGUGGCGGGGGAGAAAGGUUAGAGAGAGCAGACGGACAUUCGGAUUCGUUAUGUAUCAUCGUCGUACUUUGUGUGCGGCCUGAAUUCUGCCCUUUCGUUUUCAGUCUACGACAACAGCGAAGCGCAGUGUGCUGACGCUGAUGAGCGAUUCUGAUUCUGCUUCUGCUGCUCCGAGUCUCGUGGGGAGCUGUCGUCGUCGUCGUCGUCGUGGCUGAGUGGGGUUCAGGCGGGGAGGUAGAGAGAGAGGCUGAGAGACUUGACUGAGGAGGCGAAGCGAGGAGAGGAGAGCGACCUGAUGAUGGUUUGGUUGUCUGUCGAGGGAGGGAGGGAGGGAGGGAGAUGAGCUCUAGAUCCGUGGGCACCUCAUCGUAGAAAAGGGCCGGAAUUCGACGGAUCGUCGUUCGAGGAGUCUAUCGUGCUCCGAUUGGAGUUCAAUUCGUGCGCGGGUGGAAGUUGGCGGGUCGAGCACGCCGGGACGGGGCUCGGUAUUGGUGGACUUAUCGCGGUGGUGCGUCAAGAAUCUCGACGAGUGGAAGGAGAUCGAAGUUAGUCGGGUGCUGGGCUGGAGAGGGUCGAAGGAAGGUUGCAGGAAGGCUGGAAGAAAGAGGAGUAUUGGAGUUGGUGAAAUAAACAAUGAGCACAUCUACACCACCACAGAAGACUCUGAGUAGGAUUGCUGCCAAUCGCUUGCAAAAGGAGUUGUCUGAGUGGCAAAUCAACCCCCCUGCCGGCUUCAAGCACAAAGUUACAGACAACCUACAACGGUGGAUAAUAGAGGUUCAUGGAGCGCCUGGCACGCUCUACUCUGGUGAGCUCUAUCAGUUGCAAGUCGACUUCCCCGAAAAUUAUCCUAUGGAAGCCCCUCAGGUUAUCUUCAUCCAGUCGCCGCCAUUGCACCCACACAUUUACAGCAACGGUCACAUAUGUCUUGACAUCCUAUACGACUCUUGGUCACCGGCAAUGACAGUGAGCUCCAUCUGCAUUAGUAUCCUCUCCAUGCUAUCCAGUGCCACACAGAAGGCAAGACCACCGGACAAUGAUCGGUACGUGAGGAAUUGCCGCAAUGGUAGAUCUCCCAAGGAGACACGCUGGUGGUUUCAUGAUGACAAAGUGUGACCAUGAGGAUCUCCUCACAACCUGGUCUCGUGGAGACGAGUGCGGAGUCUUAUCUUCUGACGUGGGGAAGAGUGUAUUGUUUCUUCUGACAGGUGCUUCGCGCGAAGUCUUAGCUGCUACGUAAACACAGUGCUUGUGGAUUGAUUUGUAGGCUGUUUUGAGAUACUCUCCGGUCAAUCGUGGCAUGCCACGCUUCCUGUUGAGGUUGUCCUGAGUUCCAGUGUCAGAUAUUCUGUCAAUCAUUCGCCUACUGGUUGCAUAUUGUAAAUUCAAGGAAGGUGCAACGAAAUUGUCUCUCGAUCUGUAGCUUUGAUACCCGAUCAGUACAAGGACGCUUGUAUUGCCGAUUGCCGGGUACUGUCAGUUCAGAAUCUGCAAGGCAAGUGGAGUCAAUGGAGCAGUUCUGCCCUCCAUCUCAACAGCUAUUGGAGUAAUAUAUGCCUGCCAGCGGCAGGCAGUUCUCAUCACAUUUGCCCAGGUAGUCAGUUCAUCCAUUUUGACUUUUUAUGACUUAGCCUCCUGGGCGUACAGCAACAAUUGUAUUUUACAACUUGCCCGAUAUCCGACUCUCUCUCUCAGGCAGGCAAACUGUCAGAAGCAAUAUGGAUUUGGAUUUGUAUUUGGAUUUGGUAUCUGC